AAGAAGGCCUGGGCAUUGAACUGCAACAUGAUCUAAUGGAUAAAGUGGGAUUAGUAAAAAGUGCUUUAUCUGAAUUAGCUCAUGAGCACCAGCUUACUAUUGCGGAGGAAAUGAGAGAUCAACUAUCAUCACUUGAAGCUGAGUUAAUGGAUGAAAAUGAGAAGCUUGCCUCCACACUUGAACGGGUUGAGAGAAAUAUUGAAGCUCAAAGGGAAAUGAACAGAAAAUUUGACAUGCAGUACCAACGUAAAAUUGCAGAAGCACUUGAUGAUCACCUAACUGCUGUACAAAGGGAUCACGAACACAGAUCCCAAAUUGAAGAAAGGAGAAUAAGAGAUGAUGCAGCUCGUGAAGAAGCCAAGAGGAAAGAAAAAGCUCUUCAUGAAGAAAAAGCCCGGCAAGAAAUGAUCAGAGCAGAAGCCAAGGUGCAGGCUAGGCUGGAAGCUGAAAGAGUUGAAAAGGAAAAAGCCGCAGCUCUGGAAGCUGAGAGGAAAGUAGCAAAAGAAACUGCAGCUGCUGUGGAGAAGAAGGCAUCUGAGUCAUUGAUGAAUGCUCCUUCGGAGGCUAACAAGGUUCUUAAGGAAGUCACUAGUCAUAAACAUUCAGUAGCAGGAAACACGAUCAGGGUGUCAGAAAAUGCUCAAAAGCUGGAGGAGAAAAGAUUGAAGAUUUACAAUGAAAUAGCUUCACAAAAUGAAGCACUGGGAUCGUGUUCUAACAAGGCUUACCGAAAAUAUGAAAUGGAAAUAGCCAGGCGAAUCAGAACUAUCACUGGUACAAAAGAAAAUGUCAGAGUGAAAGCAGAUGAAUUAAUUAAGCUAAUCAGUGAUUCAACAUGUCCACAAUCCAUCAGCAUUGCGAUGUUUGCACAGAAGGUUGUGUCCCUGUGUGUGAACCCUACAGGAAGCUUUAACAGUGCCGUCUAUGCGUAUGGUCGUGUAAUUGUCCUUGUUACUUCAAAGGUCCCUCUUGCCAUGGAUGUUCUCAUAGGCGAGUUGAAUAAAGUUUGCAUUUACGCAGUUCCUAAGUACAUUAUUUACUCAGAGGCAGCAUUUCAGACAAAAGAAGCUUAUUACAAAGCUAUUGGCUAUGCAGAGGAAGAUGGGAAGAUAGAAAGUACUGAUAGUUAUGUGGAUCGCUUAAGUGCAUACAUGAAAUUAUAUGGUGCUCUUGUUCAGACUGAAGUUGAAGGCUGCCAAAAUUUGCAUGGCCUCAGAGAAGGUUGGGCAUGGAUAGCCAGAUUCUUAAAUGUUCUCCCAGCAAAUUUAUAUACUGCAGCUGCCUUGCAGGCUUUUCUUGAAAUGGCAGGUUUUGCUCUACACAAAAGAUAUAAGACACAAUUCAGAAAGAUGUUGGAUAUCAUUGCUAAAGAUUUUCUAACUGCAUUGAAAGAUCGAGGUGAUGCAAAGUUGAACAAGGUGAUUGUGAAUAUCCGAAACUAUAUAGAGUCAAAUCAGUUCCUGAAGGAACCUGAAGGCUGGCGCCUCAGGAGUAACUUGGAAUCACACAAUUUCACUCCAGAGUCAGAUCAUCAACAGCAGUAUGGUUACCAACAGAAUAGAUACUAUCGCUAGUUCCGUACUGUAGAAAACUUUGGUCCCUUCUUUUACUGUAUUCUUUUUCAAGUCCAAUGAUAUCAUUAAGAAGUUUUGUUCCCAUAAUUUGAAUAAUAUGUUGCUCCUGUAUCAUUUGUAUAUCCUUAACGAUUGUAAAAGGAAGUUGUGUACCUCUAUUUCUACACAUCGAUUUUUCACUCCUUAGAAUCUCAGGCCUGUAAGGGAAAACAAAGAAUUAUGAGUUGGUGGAUGUAAGAGUUAACUUUAAGACUUUUAUAUAAAGUUUUACUAAUAAUCA